UAUUUUCUCUGUGUUUCUAACCUUCCGUACUCUCUGUGAUAGAUUGAGUUUGAAAUUGACAGAUUCCUUGCCAUAAAAUUGUGUUAGUGCGUAUUUAGAGCAAACGGAGAAUAAAUUAAAACUGCUCAUUCAGCCGAUGAGAGGCAGUAAUCAUGGAUAGUCGGAAGUUAAAACAGUGAUUAAAACUAAUAAAUUACCGGUCGAGGGGCCUGCCUCUCGAGCCCUUUGUUUAUGUAUGUAUUUAAGAAAUGGAUCACAAGAAGAAUUUUAACAGAAGCACGAAACGUCAGGCCAAAGUACAGGAAGAAAAUUAUUGGGAUUGCAGUGUGUGCACAUACAGGAACACGGCUGAAGCAUUUAAAUGCCUCAUGUGUGACGUAAGGAAGGGUACAUCAACUAGGAAACCUAGAAUUAAUCAUCAAUUAGUCGCGCAGCAAGUGACUGCUCAACAGUUACACCCAGCCAUCUCUAAACCAGUUCCGAAGAAAGAUGGUGUCAGGGAUAAAUCAGAUAGGAAGAGUCAUGAUCGGAAAUCAAAGAAAAGAUCCUGGCGUCCACCAAGACUAAAGAACAUCGAUCGAAGUUCUGCUCAAACUAGAGAAGUAACUGUCAACAAUGUAACUGUUGUGAUAACAGAGUAUAAAGCAAAGGCAAAGAAAACCAUCUCAGACCAAUCAAGCUCUGCCUCGUCAGAAACAGGAAGUAACUCUGAAUAUAGUCUCGAUAUGAAAAGUGCUGAUAUAGAUUCUAGAAGCUCAUAAUCACCUCUUAUGCUCAACCUUUUCUUUUCGACCAAUUAUGUAAAGGUUACUCAGCAGUCAAGACAGAGAAUCACAGUGGGCAAACUUUCUUCAUAUUACCUACCUGUGCAGGCUAGUGGCUGUAUUUAAUGGUCUUGGCCUAAUUACAAAGCAAAAAUAAUCGACUAAGAACCGUAAAUUUUUUGACAACUAAAUUGUCAUAGUACCAGUAAAAAGUAAGAAAAAAAGUGAAUUCAGUAAUCCUAUUAUUAUAAUAUAAUUAAAACUCUUCUGAUGUGUUUGUUAAUUAUUAUAUAAAGAUCUGCAUGAGUGUAAUGUAUUUCGUUAGUUUUAACAUGAAAGUUGAAUAUCUUGUUUUAUUUUAAAAUUAUUGAGUACUUUAUCUUGAUCUCAACAGUAUUAAAACAUGUAAACAUGCCAACUGCAUCAAGCUGUAAAGUAAUACAUCUUUAUUUGGCCUCUUCUCA